AUGGACAAACUGAAGAAGGUGCUGAGCGGCGAGGAUGAGGAAAACAACACGGACGGAACAGGAAUAUUGGAGAGAGCCAAUCAGGCAUCGACACUGGCCUGGGGGACAAGGAUGAAGGGCUUCCUGCUGUGCUUCCUUUUGGGGUUGAUAUGCUCCAUUUUGGGCUCUUGUAUGCUGUGGUUGCCUGGUUUUGGUCUCCCUGUGUUCGCUGUGCUGUACAGUUUGGGAAACAUCUCUGCUUUGGCCAGCACAAUGUUCUUAAUGGGUCCGGUCAGGCAGUUAAAGACUAUGUGUGCAAAAGAACGAGCACUGGCUACCACCUUAAUGUUGGUGUGUCUUGGGCUGACGUUGAGUUCAGCUUUCUGGUGGCGCAACAAUGGACUUGCCCUGCUAUUCUGUUUCUUACAGUUUAUGGCGUUCAUUUGGUAUGGCCUGUCUUACAUCCCAUUCGCCAGGGAUGGACUCAUCAAAUGUUGUUCUGCCUGUUUCUAA